AUGACCUUGAACGAAGACGCCUACGAAUUUGUCCAUCCCAAUAAGUACAUUGUAAAUCCAGACUACUUGGAGGAGUUCAAAACAACUUUACAACAAAACGGUAUUACCUUCGAACUGCAAGAUGAAGAUGUCGGAGCGACGGUGCGUAAAAAUUUCGAACAAAAUCGUGCUAUGCAAAAGUUGUUCCCCUACAAGGGCCAGGGUCGUUUGGGUACCAAUCAAUACUACAGUCACGCUGUCAUCAAUGCAUAUUUGGAAUCAUUGGCCAGAACUUAUCCCCAGCGCGUAUUUUUACGUAAAGUCGGCUUAUCCUUUGAGGAACGUGAUUUGAAAGCUUUGAUUAUUACCAACGGUGAUGGUCGCAACGAUAAGAAUGUCAUCUUGGUCGAUGGUGGUUUCCAUGCCCGUGAAUGGAUUUCGCCAGCAGCUGCAAUUUAUGCCAUCGAACAAUUGGUAGAGAAUUUCGAAGAAAAUCGCGAUCUGCUGGAGGAUUAUGAUUGGGUUAUAUUGCCUGUAGUUAAUGCUGAUGGUUAUGAAUAUUCUCAGCAGUCGGCCGAAACAAGAAUGUGGCGUAAAACACGUAAACCAUUGUUCCAUCAAGGUGGCAUUUGUUACGGUACCGAUCCAAACAGAAAUUUUGAUUUCAAGUGGAUGGCUGGCGGUGCCUCUUCAGAUCCCUGUUCGAAUACCUUUGCUGGACCCAACCCAUUUUCAGAACCCGAAGCAAGAGUUGUAAGGGAUUUGAUUCAAACAUAUAAGAAAAAGGGACAAAUGUAUUUGACGUUACAUUCAAGUGGCAGUUUGUUACUUUAUCCAUGGGGUUGGACUUCUGAUCUUCCCGAAACAUGGCCAGAUUUACACGAAGUUGCCACAGCCGGUGCUGAUGCCAUUAAAAAUGCCACUGGUCGUGAAUACACCGUGGGCUCAUCGACAAAUGUUUUGUAUAUAGCUGCUGGUGCCAGUGAUGAUUAUGCCUUCAAUGCCGGCUUCCCCAUUUCCUUCACAAUGGAAUUACCAACAGCUGGUUCAACGGGUUUUGAUCCACCAGUUGAGAUGAUCGACAGUUUGGUCAAGGAGACCUGGGUGGGUAUUCGUGCCAUGGGCUUGAAAGUUAUCGAGAAAUAUCCUUUGGUUUAA